UCACUUUGGCGCUCACGUGACCAGCAGCCACUACAGCAUGGCGCCCCACGUGACCACCCACGUGAGCGGGCGCCGGCGCAGCCAUGGCGGCCCGGCUCCUCCCUGUGCUCCGGUUUGUCAUCAAAGGAAGCCUGGCUGGAGCUGCCGUGUAUGUGGCAUAUGACCAGGGGCUGCUGGGUAGUGGCACACAAGGAGCUGAAGCCCUCAAAAAAGCUCAAGAAGCGCUGCCUCCAACUAUCCAAGAGUGGACAAGUUACCUCGGCUGGGAGCUCCCAUCUGCUCCAAAACUUGACUUUUCCCCCUCCGAUUCCUGGAAUAAAGGAGUGCAGACGGUCAUCUCCGCUUUGUCUGUAGCUCCCACCAGGGCCUGCGAAUUCACUACAGAAGGCUGGAAGUACGUGAAGGAUCUUGUCAAAUGAAGACGUAAUCCAGGGUCUGGGAUUCUCUCCAUCCCUCGUUGUCCUUGGGGUGAUGCUCAGUCCAUCCCUCUGGAGGGCAGGUCAGCUGUGCAAGGGCUAUAAUAAAAGACCUUGGAACUUC